AUGAGGAAUCAGCUACCAGCACAGCAACAAUCUAACUACUAUACAAACUCACAACCAGCACAAUUGCCAUAUCAACAACAACAGCAGCAGCAACAACAACAACAACAACAGCAGCAGCAACAACAACAGCAACAGCAGCAACAGCGACAGCAAACGUCAAAGCCCCGUAGAAAUUCUAACAACCGUGAUGCCAUCUCGGAUCAAUCGUUGAAGUCUCCCAUCGAAAGCAGCAGUAACGAAGGUAACUUGGUACCAGCACAGCAGUAUGUAAAAUCUGAAGAUGGAAGACCUUUAUUGGGCGCAACCAAGAUUGACCAGUUGAUGUUGGUUAUUCAAGCCAGAGACAAAGGUAUCACAAGUCCUAUUCAACAAGCUCCCGACGGAAGCAUUUUGGCUGCUCCUGACUAUUCCCUUUCCAGAGACAAGAGCGAAUUGGAUAAUGGUGUUUUGCCACGUCCAAUCAGCCUUGUUGGUGGGGUGGACAAGCCUAGCAAGGCCAAGAUAAAAGAGGACGAGGGUAGCGACGAUGAAGAAUCCAAAGGAAAGAGAAGAAAGCACAAAAACCAGCAGUGUCCUUAUUGUUUCAAGUACUUUACUCAGUCGACCCAUCUAGAAGUUCACAUUAGAUCUCAUAUUGGCUACAAGCCAUUCGAGUGCAACUACUGCCACAAGAAGUUUACGCAAGGUGGCAAUUUGAGAACACAUUUGAGGCUUCAUACUGGUGAAAAGCCGUUCACAUGCGACAUCUGUAAUCGACAAUUCAACAGGAAGGGAAACUUGGGUGCUCACAAAUUGACGCACGAGAACUUGAAACCAUACGAAUGCAAGUUGGAUGGUUGCGAUAAGUCUUUCACUCAAUUAGGUAAUUUGAAGUCGCAUCAAAACAGAUUCCAUCUCAGCACUUUGAACCAUUUAACACAAAAGUUGGCUGAGUUAAGCGGUCUGUCGAUCGAGAACUUGCCUCCAGACGAGAAGGACUUGCUUAUGUAUUUCAAAGACUUGUACAAGAACUCAAAUAAGGGUAUUCGUGGCAGAGGUAAGGCUAAAUUAUCCAAAGAUGAUACUGGAGGUGCAACUAGCAGUUCUCCAGAUAAUAGCCAGUUUAAUUUGCAAUCCCAGUCACCCCAGCUGCAGCUGCAGAAUCUUCAAGCGCUUCCUCGACAACAGGACCAACAGCAAGGUUCACCGGAGUAUUCGCAAUCGCAACAUUCCCUCGAUUUUAUGAAUCCCCAUUUGGCUGGGUCUAUUAACGGUUACCAAGGGUAAUGUUUACGAUGUACUAGUUUUUAUUAUGCGAGAGCCCCUCGCGUUUAUUUCAUUUCAUGUUCAUGACUUAUGCCAUUUAUUUCUUUAUUGUUCUUUCUUUAUAUUUUCAUUAUUAAGGUUAUUAUAUGUAUUAUCAGAGGUAAA